UUUGGUGCGUGCCCAUGACAGAGUCGACGGCGGUGACGUCGCCACCGGCGCUCGUGUUCGCCAAGGAGGACUGCACGUGCACCGAGCCUCUCUUCAGUCUCAAGUACCUCCGGACUCAUCGCGCCGGCAGUCUCAAGCUCGUUAGAUGCUUCCCGCAUUGCUGUCCCGUCCACUCGUUCGGUAACUUUUGCUCGACGUCGAUCGACUUGAAGGUCACUGGAGCUUCCAACGACGACGUCGCCUACGUCCACUUCCAGCCCACAACGGAUCGCAUCCUCGAGGCAAACGAUGUCAUCGACGCCACACUUGUCGUCAACAACACGCGCUCGAUGGAGAACCUCAAAGGCGAGUGGAUUCCGUCGGUGUAUCGGUACUACCACGAGGCGCGCAACGAAACGAUCUACCACUUCAACCAAAACAAUACGUUCGGGUGGCACUACGGGUGGGUUGGCACGUCAACCAAGGCCCAUCGGACUUGUCCCCAUCGGCUCGUGGGCUACAUCUUUGCCCACGUCACAAUCCACGGCAAACCAAUGCUACAAGUGGUGCAUGCGACCAAAUCCCCGGCAUUCAUCGUCAUGUCGUAUCGCCGGGCGUGUUACUUUUGCCAGAAACACCGGACGUCGACGUUCGGAACAAAGCCCCUCGAUGGGGAUGACGUCAACAUGGAAAGCUUACAGUGCGAGUGCGAAGGCGAGUUUAACAUCGAGACGCACCACCCCUCCAACACGCUGCCCUAUCAGUCGAAACAACAACGUAGCAACAGCAGCCUCCCGUCGACGCCCCCGCCGCCCCUCCUCACGCCGUCCGUCCACAUUGCCCGGUCGUCAGAUAUCGAGCGCCAAUUGCAUAUUCUGUACGCAUUCGUGUCGCUUCCAUCCGUUCACUUCUUUGGCUGCCAUCUUCCGGCGCUGGAGUCGCGUGUGGUCAAGAGCAUGCUUCAGCCUCUCGGCGUCUCGCUUGGACUCAACGCUUACCAGAAGCGAACGAUGGCGUUCCCGACGUUUCUCCGGCCGACGUCACCGUCCCAGGAAACGACUGUCAAGUCCCUCAUGUCCGUGCAAUCCGUUGCCAUCGACCUGCUCCUGUCCCUCUUUACGUUUGAAUCGAUUCGGCAGUCUUGCGCUGCCUUCGCUGCCGCCACCCCCCACCUCCUCCAACGCGACGCCCUCCAUCAAGCAUACCAAACAUGGCUGGGCAGCAUCCAUGCUCAACUAACGACACGACUCCUUCCCCUCAACCUCACGAUCUCGCAGCUGGUCAAUCACGUCCAGGAUGCCAUGACCCACAUCCCUGAGCUCCACGCACUCCACAGAUCGGUUCAAAACCAGCAAACCCACCCACUGGACGACUCGCAUACGACAAACAAUGCGUUCGACUACUUCGUCGCACAGCUGCGCGAAGUGUUUAUGGCGCAAGAAGCGGGACCGAUGCCUGACGUGGCUGGCGCGGCGACAUCCAUAUACAACGGCCAGUUUCUCUUUGACAAGACCGUGUCGCUGGUGUAUGCGAACUCGACGCCAGACAUGGACAUCUCCGUGCCGACCCUUUUGAGGUGGAUCACGAUGGGCUACGCCUUCACGCUUCACCACACGUCGACCAGCCUCCAAAUCACGUCGAGUUUGCGACCGUUUGCCACGAUCCCGUCCGAGUUUAUCCUGGACGCCACGCCCCGGGUCUUUCGGGUGUUUCCGAAUGGCGAGAGCAGCAUGACAAGCCUCGCUGGCCUUUCCCACGGCGACUACAUUGGCCAGCACUCGCCGUCGACGGGCAUGGUAUCGCUCGACUUUUUGAGCUGGCCAAGCGCCGACUCCGUGACCAAGGUGUCCCGUGUCAGUGUCGUGCUGUCCCCAACCAAAUCCGGGCUCAUGGCGACCGUGUCGUGGGGCCAGGCCGAGGGAGCUCGAGGAGUCGACUACGCUUCGAUGAACGCCCUGCAGCGAUAUGCCACGUAUGCCAUGGACAAGGAAGCGCCGGUCGCGAGCUUUCAAUUUGGAUACAGUCGCGUCAAGUGACGUUAGCGUCGAUUCCGUCAUGUGUGUCACCCACGUGGUGUCGAAUAACGUCACAGUCGACGACGGUGAGAUGUUCA